ACAAAUAUUUAACUAAAAUCAAAAAAAAAAAAAAAAAAUUUUGUAUAAAAGUCAGUGUCUUGCAGUCGAAGUUGUGAGUUUUGACCAGUUUGGAAAUUUGCAUAAAAUGUGGUUCAGGCCAAGUCACAAACAUUUUUGGAGUUCAUUUGCCAUUUUACAAUACUUUUUACUGUACACUUUAGUAAGCAGUCAUUUCGAUUCCGCCGUUGCGGAAGAAACAAAAAAUGAUACAAAUCAAGUCUAUGUCACUGAUUCCUGCCUGGAAAAACCCUAUCGCUGUCCGCAUCCGAAAAUUCAGUUUUACCUUUACACACGACGCACACAGGAGAAUCCUGAGUUCAUCGACGUACUAGAUGAUAACGCACUCUACUAUACGCACUUCAAUCCACGACAUCCAACUAAAAUUAUCAUUCACGGUUUUGGCGGAGGACGCAAUUUUAGUCCUAGUCCAGAUUUACGAGAAGCAUACUUCAGUAUUGGUGAAUACAAUAUCAUAAUUGUUGACUAUAGCACAGCCGUAAAAGAGCCGUGCCUGAGUCAAAUGGAGUGGGCGCCAAGAUUUGGUAGUUUGUGCAUAUCCCAACUAGUCAAAUAUUUAGCGCGACAUCCACGUGGUGUGCAACCAAAUGACUUGCAUUUCAUUGGUUAUAGUGUAGGAGCGCAUAUUGCUGGUUUGAUUGCUAACUAUCUAAGGCCAGAAGAGGGAAAAUUGGGUCGUAUCACUGCAUUGGAUCCAACAAUUUUCUUCUAUGCCGGUUCAAAUAAUUCACGUGACUUAGACGCAACGGAUGCGAAUUUCGUAGAUGUGUUGCACACAGGCGCUGGGAUCUUAGGUCAAUGGCACUCAAGUGGACAUGCUGACUUUUAUGUAAAUGGUGGUACACGACAACCUGCCUGUGUGGGUUCAUCUACACUAUUUCAAACACUAGCUUGCGAUCACACGAAAGUAACUCCUUAUUUUAUUGAGUCAAUCACAACACAGCGGGGUUUUUAUGCGGGUCCUUGCCCAAACCUUUUCACAUAUCUAAUCGGUUGGUGUGAGCCCAAGGAUUCUGAAUAUGUGCUAAUGGGUGAACAUGUCUCACAUAAGGCACGUGGUACGUAUUAUGUUACGACUAACGCAAAGCCACCCUAUGCGCGCGGUUUUCCAGGCAAAGCGAGAUCAGUGCGGAAUGGCGAAUAUCAUGGUGUGCGGCGUAGAUAAAAUACCUUUAUUCGAGCUGUUUCGGUUACUCGCAAAGGGGAGAUAAUUUAGUACCAUUUGUUGUGAUGUUUUUUAAGAUUAUUUUUUAGACUUGUAGACUAAAAAAAAUAAUCGUUUUAAGUAUGAAAAAUUGUA